GCUAAAUUGCUGUAAUAUAUUGGCGAAUACACAUGGCAGAAGCAAGAGAAGGUACAUGUGUGGGUAAGGGAGGGCUGAUGAUGGUGGUAGUUGGGUGUGGUGUUGAGGGAGAGUUUGGUGGUGGUAGUUGGCUGUGGUGUUGAUGGAGAGUUUGGUGGUGGUAGUUGGCUGUGGUGUUGAGGGAGAGUUUGGUGGUGACGCAACAGCUGACAUUCUGAACAACAGGUGAAGGGUGGGAGGGGUAGAGAGAGGUGGUUGGACUGAGACAUUGAUCACGGUCACUGGUGUUGAAUGUGGCUGUACCUCUGAGCUAUGUCUGUCAGGGAGUGAAGGUGGGGCAGUGUGGCUGCUGGGGGAAUCUAUAAGUUACGCUAAUAUUAACAUUCUGACAGUUGAUGGUUAUUACUGUGAGGAUAAUGAUGGUUGUACCAGCGGUGUUCACUCCAGCUAGCAACAUUCCUAAGGCGGGGUGAUCGACUCAGUGUAAGUACGCUCUGAGGACACAUGCUGACAUUUCUCAGUGAGCUGCGGCUCUCCACUCACUGAGGUGAGCCCCGCGUCCGCUGUGAGGAGUGACACCUUGUUCCAUACACCUUGCUCACAUUCCUCAGUCUUGGGGAGUGACAAACACUGGCUCAGCACCUGGUCACAUUCCUCAGUCAGCUGCGACGCUGUGAGCAGCGACGAGUUUUACCCAAGACAUCUGGUCACAUUCCUCUGUGAGCUGCGACGCUGUGACGAGCUUUACCAAUACACCUGGUCACAUUCCUCAGUGAGCUGCUGCUCUUCACUGGGUGAGGUGUGCCGUGGGUGGCACCCGAGGCCAGCGGUGUGUCACUGGUGAUGCCAUCAGCGUGCAGCUAGGUGGCCGGCACACCACCUCCGCCUCCCAGGCAAUGUUCCGAUGGUUCAGUGCUCCAGGCUUCUUGAACUUCUUCGGCAAGGCUCCAUGGCGCAGGAACCGGCGGGAGGCGACACCAUCCCCUCCCCCGGGUCACCCGCAGCACCAGGCGCACCUGCGCGCUGACAUGUCGCCCACGCCCGCUGCCUACACGCCCACCUCAGACCCCGAUGAGCUGAGCACCUCUUGGCCUGACCCACACCACCCACGCCUGCCUGACGGCCGCCCACGCUCCGCCUCGCAAGGUCACCUGACCACCAAACAGCGACCUGGCACUGCUGUGUUGAAGAGACCCAAGGUUCUGGACAUGAGCCUGAAGAAUGCGCUGGACAUGAGUGAGAUGACGCGCAGUAUGGUCGACCAGCUGAUUCUCUCUCACGAGCCUCAGUCAGGGUUCAGUGAUUAUUCCAGCGACUUUACUUCCUCGUCACCCUCCUCACUAGGAAGCAAGAGUCCCUUUGAUGACUCUGGUGACUCGGAGACAGAGGCUAGAAAGGUACGUCCGUCUACCAUGCGUCUGCCACGACCGUCAAGAAACAUAGCAGUGCCCGUCAUCACCUCGGCGUCUCGACCCUCCAAGAGAAGCUCUUCGUUUAGGUCGUGCAUCCCCAGGAACAGACGCAACAGGAACGUGGAGGAGGUCUUCACCGGUCCCAAGAACAAAGUCAAGAUCCCAGAGCCAUGCCAGACCUGCGGCAAGGAACAAAACCCUGAGCGCUUCCACAGUCACCCGCUUGACAUGCAGGAGUACAAGCCCAAGACCCAGGAGGAGAAGACCAAGUCCAAGACUCUCAACAAGCUCAUUGUCACCAAGCCAACUGCUCUCAAGUACAAGAGCAAGAGCUUCGACGACGAGAAGAAGAACCCGGUCAGAAAGAGCAGGUUAAAACCCCCUAGCGCUGUGAACAUUAAUAAAUCCCGGAGUGUAGAGACGUCUCCUGUACUCGCCAAAAAGGCAGACACGCAAGAAAAGUCCGCUCCUUUAAAGAGAUUUAUCCAGACACAAAAGGCUUCCAUUUCUAAAGGACAGAAAGACUUUAACAUAGAAAUAUACCAGGGAGAUGUUUCCCCGAGCCAAAAAAAUGAAAAUGGUAUCAGUCCGUUAUCUAAUCGAAAACGGGAAGUUACGAGCAAACAUGAAAAUGGUGAGAAAAUAGUCACUGCCAUCCAGCACAGAGCGUCACAUCCUCCUCGUAACAUAGGUAAGAUCGAGGAGGAGAGUGAGAGCGCCUUCGAUCUUAACAGCUCCACGGGUUCCUUAGGGCGAAGUAGCAACCAAUCAACGGGCAACAAGGGUAGCACAGUAGCACCUACCAUGGUGUGCUACAUCUGUGGUCGAGGCUUCGGCAGCAAGUCACUCUCCAUCCACCAGCCUCAGUGUCUCGAGAAAUGGAAACGAGAGAAUGAUAGCCUAGCGAAGAACCUACGUCGGCCGCUACCGAAAGAGCCCGAUCACCCCAUGACUCAAGAGGAAUGGAACGAGUUCGCUUGGAAUUCUUCCCAGGCUCAGCUGGUACCGUGUGAGUGGUGUGGUCGUACCUUCUUCCCUGAGCGACUGGAGGUACACCAGCGAGGUUGUAAGCCACCACCUGGACAACCCAAGAAGUCUACCAAGAAUCGUCAGCAGUCACCAGGAUCAUCACUCAACUCAUCUAUGAGUCCAUCGAUUAAGCCAACGCUGGUGUGUUACAUCUGUGGCCGUGAGUUUGGCACCAUGAGUCUAGCUAUCCACGAGCCACAGUGCCUCAGGAAGUGGAAGGCAGAGAACAGCAACCUGCCACAGCACAUGCAGCGUCCUGAACCACGCAAGCCAGAGGUUAUCUAUGAUGAUCAAGGCAACAUCAACCGUGAAGCGAUGGCAGAGGCAGCGUGGCAGACACACCUUGAGCAGCUGGUCAAGUGUGAGAAGUGUGGACGAACCUUCUACCCCGACCGUCUCAUCGUGCACCAGAAGGUCUGCCGCAAGGAGACCUGAGUUUCGCCCUAGUUAUACCUACCUACCCCCCCCCCUCUCUCUCUCUCUCUCUCUCAAGGAUGUCUGAGAAAGACUUGGAUCUUGAUCCUUCCACAUACUUCCUCCUCAAUCCUGUCUCCUUCAUAAAGGCAGGUCCGUAAAAAAGAAUUUAAGAUCUUGGUUCACCCGCCCAUCUUCUAGUACAUCUACCUUCCUUCACAAGGACAUGUCUAAGAAAAACAUAAGAAUCUCGAUUUUCCUCUUUCAUCUUCCACUCAUCCAAACUUCUCCCAGGAAGCUCUCCGUGCCAGGUACCACAGCUACAGAUGCGGUCUCUCACCAGUAACGUAAUUUGUCCCCAGAAUCAUCAUCGCCACGAUUGUUUACGACUCAACAUGCAUCACAUUAAUCUGCCCAGAAAUAUGUUGGAAGACUACCUAAACUUCUUAUUAUUUUCCCCUCAUAUUCUUGUACAAGACGAUUAAAAGGCGGUUGGUAAUCAUCAACUUGUAAAUAUUUUUGAGAGGUCAGUAUUAAGCACACGCCCUCACAAACUUCCUACGGGGACUCGCAACUAACAUUAGAGAUAAGUCUUUAGGCAAUGUUUCUGCUCCUCUAGAAAGUUUUUUAAGACAACUGAGAAGACUAAAUGGGGGAUGGGGGGGGAAGGGAAAAGGAGGAAGGGGUAAAGGAAGAGUAAGUCAGAAGAGUCGAAGUACAGGACAACCGGAGGUCAGGUCAAGAGUGUUCUUGUAUGGCAGGGAACGUUGUCUCAAGGUUCUUCUCCAUGUUUUGGGGGUUGCUACUGGCUCAAUCACGGUAUUGUGACUAUUAUUCUCCACACAAGAUGUUCGUCAGUGUAACAUAUUGGCAGCUUCAGUCUGAAUAAUACUGUGACCUUAAACCUUAGUGUCAUGCCAGACAGAGGUUGAUCUUCAGGCAAGGCUGGAUGAGGUGCUGAGACAAUUAACUUAAAUCUUAAGGGGCACGUCAGUUCCCUUGUUUUCUAACAUGCUAUUUUCCCCCUAUAA